AAUAAUUUCUCGAUAGCGUUAUUCAUGUUCUGAAUUUAAAUAAUUCAAUUAUCUCUCUUUCGAAGCGAAAAAAUGAAAAGAUGCUCGAGCUACUAGUUUGGUGUGUAGCCACAGACAUGAAGUUUUUUAUAAUAUUUUGGUCGACAUUAAUUCUCUAAAGUGGAACACGCGAAUGGCCAUCAAGCACGCUCGCCGAUCGUUUGACAGCACGACUCACAUUUGAACCGAUUUGAAAGCCGAUGCUUAGCGCGUUUGCCUUGUUAUUUGUGCUGGCAUUUGUAUAGAAAGGACUAUAAUACUCAAGAAAAGGGGACGCUCCCUCUCAACCGACGAUUGAUUGACCGGUCUUCGUCUGAGGGGACCAAUCGACUGCAGUCUCGCGCUAGCGUACAGACUAGAAAAUCACUAAUUGAAAGCAACUCCUCGUUCGUAGGUUCGGCUGGGGAUUUGCUCGGCUCCGAUGCGUGUUGACUUUAUGGAUCACAGUGUGCAGAAGACACACGACCACCGGGUGAAGAACUAGCUAUGGAUUUUACAUCGAAAAUCGGUGGGUUUUUUCGGAGUAUUAUAAACCCCGAAGAACAAGGAGCGAUACCUACAAACGCGACAACCUCUCCAAACAGACAAACUACGACCGUCGAUGGAGCAAGCGAUCCCGGCUACCACGUGGCGGCGGAAGCUGACAAAGAUCUCGAGUACUUCGAUGAAGAGGAGAGCCACGAACUGAAUUCCAACAGAACCAGCGAUGGUCCGUUUUCGUUCCUCGGAAAGCGAAACGAAUCCAACAUAAUGCUUCAGGUCCCCAGCCCGACGGCAUUUCGUCGUCGUUACACGCUGGCGACAGCAAGCUUGGGACUGACUCAGGGUCUUAGCACGAGCUCGCUUCCAAAUGGAAGAUCGCUUACUGGGCGCGCGUCUACGAGAAGUGCGGGUGGAGAGACGUACUCGGACGAUGAAACCAUGACGCGGUCCAAUAUUAACAGGAAUGACCUGAUCAGCCAGGGAAUCCAGCGGACAAGGAACCCAAGCGACUCGCCCAGGCAAACACCCACGCGAGGUAUGUCGAGCGGUAGCUCCACCUCCGAAAUGGGCGAGAACCAAAUUCGAGGAGUUGGCAAGCUCUAUGUAACUCUGGACUUUACUAUGCAUACAUGCAAGUUAUCGGUUACAAUCACGAAGAUGGACUUCCCGCCAUACCAGCAACGGGACCCGCAGCAAUUAGAAGUGAGCGUCAUGCUACUGCCCGGGAAACGACAAAGUUUCCGAGCAAAACCCAAGGAGUUUAAUGACCCUGUAGCUAUCUAUUUGUACCCGAAGGAUAAAGUCAAGGACAUGUCCCUUCGCUUUCGCUUGUACGAGCAUGGAUCCAUGGGCGCACGCCAUCUUCUGGGAGAGGGUGUGCUACGUCUGCGGAAUGUGAAUCUCGAUAAUGAGAUGGUCCCUGUAGCUGUUGAUCUACAGCCGCCAGGUUCCUAUGUCCCCGAGGGAGCUUCAGGUGCAAUCAUGUACGAAGGAGAGCUUGCAAUAUCGGAAGAAGACCGACCUGAAAUUCUCAUCUCGCUCGAAUAUCGACGUUUGACGGGAAAAUUACUGUUGGAAGUGAUCAAAACCCGAAAUUUAGGAAUGCUUACAGACUCUAAGGCCAAGGAAAUGUACGUCAGCGUCAAGCUUAUUGGUAGCAAUGGGGAAUUGAUAAGCAAAGGGCGAACAACACCAAGGAGACAUAUGAUAGACCCGGAGUAUAACGAAAUGUUUCUAUUCCACGUGCCAGAGCAAGAGUUGAAUUCUGUGACAGUGCUUAUUGCUCUGACUAGUGUGAGCAAGACUUUGGGCCGUAAGCUGAAGGUGGGACAACUUGCACUCGGACAGAACUACAGUAGCGAGGAGGAGUACCGACACUGGUUCGAGAUGACGCGAAGCAAAGAGAAGUCCAUAGUGAGAUGGCACAGGAUCAAUGAAAUGACCGUCCCCUAGCGACGGGGCACCAAUUAGGCACAUAUAACAAAUUGAACGCGGGUUUAAUACUUGUGAAUUAAUGCAAAGGAGGUUUGGAUGUUAAAUAAUUGUACCAUGACGUGAAACUUGUUCUUCGGUAUUCCUAUAAUGAAGGGUAUCGCUCUAGGAAUACACAACGUCCAUCUCCUAAAUACAUGACACAAGGCAUAGCACAAUAAUCAAAGGACAUAAACUAGCUAUGUUCGUAUGCUUUUCUUUCAAUUCGUUCUAUUUCGUUUACACUUUUUGUAGCAAAAAUAGGUGACUAUUCAUUUCUAGUAAUAAAAGAUAGAUCCUAUUGUU